AGGAGCCUGGGCUCGGACCUCGCGCUUCGGCUUGGCGGCGGCCUAGGGUCCGACCAUUCCUAGUCCGGGAACGCUGCGAGGUCUUCGCUUGGAGGGGCGAGAGCGGUGGGGGAAUGGAAAAGGAAUUUGAGAUCACGAGGCUUUGGCGGUGCGAGGGGUCCGACGUUGGCUGGGCAGCCUCGGGGAGAGGCCAAUAGACGCUGCCAAGAGCUCCCGAAGGACCUGAGAUUGCAUGUUUCCGUGGAGAAAAAAUGAGGCCCGCAGCGAAUGGAGUCCCCCAAGGUCACCCGGUGACGUACCAUUGGAUUGAAAUCAUGGCAGGUCCAGAAGCUGAUGCCCAAUUCCAGUUCACUGGUAUUAAAAAAUAUUUCAACUCUUAUACUCUCACAGGUAGAAUGAAUUGUGUAAUAGCCACAUAUGGAAGCAUUGCUUUGCUGGUUUUAUACUUCAAGUUAAGGUCCAAAAAAACUCCAGCUGUGAAAGCAACAUGAAAAGAUUAUAAACUGUACCUCAUCUGUUAAUUUAGCAUGCCUGGAGAAGCUAAUGUCAACUCAUCAUGUGAUACUCAAUUUGUACAAUAAAUUAUGAACCUGGAAAA